AGUGGGAGGCUGGGGUGUCGCGGUUUAGACACAUGGCCGGUGGUGUUCCCAGCUGUGCUGGCAUCCCUAGGAGGUGACUGAGCCAGCCACAAGGAAAACGGGGCAUCCUUUGUGGGGUGACAGGAUGGGAAAAGUUGGAAACCCUCUUGGCUGGAGCUGAAAGCUCGUCCCCAUGGGGGUCCUGCACCGCUGCAGAGCUCCCCGCAGGGCUGGGCGGUGGCAGGUCCCCCAGCAGGGACAGCAUUUCCUGCGCAAGGAAGUGGGCUGCGGCCAGCCGGGGCUGCAGCUUCCCGAGCCUUGGCGGUGACGAAGCCUCCGGCUCCUGGCCCGGAUGCCUGGCCGUGCUGCGGUCUCCAGCCCCUGGCACUGGGCAGCUCUAUUGGGUCACAUUGACAUGAAGUGGCUUUGGGUGGUGGCUUUCGUGGCACCCACCUGCACAGCUCCUUGCAAUGGCACAGCGCGGGGCACCAGGAAUGGAGGUGGCUGCGCCCUGCAGCACGGUGUGCUGGGCACUGAGGUGCUGCUGCAGUGCCCGGCAGGGGUGCCGGCCACAUGGCGCUGGGGGGACACCUCCCUGGGGAUGCACCCCACACCAGGGCUGGCCCUGCCCAAUGCCACCCUGGCCCACGAGGGCCGCUACAGCUGCCACCACCCCAGCACCGGCGAGACCUGGGCCACCGUCUGCCUGCGCCUGGGCUACCCUCCUGUGCCACCAGCAGUUGAGUGCUGGGCCAUCAGCUACCCACAGGCGGUGAACUGCUCCUGGGCUGCUGAGCCUGAGCCGCUGCUGGAGACCAACUACAUUGCUACGUACAGGCAUGGUGUGUGGGGGGCCACAGGGAGCGGCGAGUGCAUCAGCACAGGGCCCCGCAGCUGCUCCUUCGGCGAUAUCCAGAUGUUCUCCCUCAGCCCCUACGUGCUGAACGUGACAGCCGUGAAUCCCCUGGGCACUGCCUCACGUCUCCUCCCCUUCCUCGUGGAGGACAUCAUAAAGCCAGAUCCCCCUGAGGACCUGCGUGUCUCACCCAUCCCUGGGGAGACCAAGAAGCUGCUGCUGGAGUGGAGCCCACCAGGGUCCUGGCCCUUUCCUGAGUACUUCCCACUCAAGUACUGCAUCCGCUAUGCACGAGACGAGAGCUCCAGCCCCCAAACGAUUGGGCCCUACGAGCAGACAUCCUUCACUCUGACGGGAUUGCACCCAGGCACCCUGCACCAUGUCCAGGUGGCUGCAAAGGACUUCACAGACUACGGGGAGUUCAGUGCUUGGAGCCAGCCGGCCUCAGGGACGCCCUGGACAGAGCCAUGAUGGCAGUGCAGCAGAACCACACAUGCCCCAGCACUUCUGCCUCUGUGUCAUGGGCAGUGCUGAGCCACUAGCAUUAGGGCUGACCUGCCACUGGUGUCUCCCUGCAUCGCACGGCCUGGCUCUGCCGAAUCCCUCAAGCUGAGCUGUGUCUGCACUUCCCACUGGGACUUUGUAUCCUGGCCAGAAU